AUGAUCAUCAUCACUACCACCACCAUCACAAUCAUCAUCAUCAUCACCACCACCACCACCAUCACCAUCAUCGUCGACAUCAUCGUCGACAUCGUCGUCGACAUCAUUUCAAUCAUCAACAUCAACAUCAACAUCAACAUCAACAAAAUCAGCAACAACGUUCUACAUGCGUGUCCUGGCCUCGAAGAUACAACCUUGUUCAACGCACAGACGACAGCGGCAGACAUGUUGUGGGCGGGAGUUCCGAUAGUGACAUGGCCGUCGACCAGAUGGGUCGGGCGAGUAUCAGCGUCGCUGGGAGAAGCAUGCGAGGGAGGAGUGUUUGUAGCUGACAGCGCAAGGGAGUACACGUCACUUGCACUUGCUGUGAUGAGAAGGUCGAGGAAGAUAAGAAGAAGGCUCAUCAGCAACAAGCAGAACUGCGAAAUGUUUGACGGACGACUGUGGAGGAUCAGGUUUGAAAGAAGUUUGACAACCUCCUGGGAUGUUCUCAUGCAGUCCUCCUCUUCCAAGUCCAUCAACUCUCGUCUCCCACAUAUCAUCGCCGCAAGUUAG